AUGCCCGAAACAACGCAAGAGACCUGUACUCCGGCAAAAGAGUCUCCGUUUUUCAUUAAGAACCUCCUGAACUGUGACAACAAACCGUCCAAACCGAAACCGGUUCUCGCCUCAGUGAAAGCUGGGCUUGAGAGUGGCUUCCCACUCUCUCAGGUUGGGGAGAUAAACUUUCCCCGUUUUGACUUGAACACACAGCGGUUUGCUUUACCAGCGUACCUGGAGCGUGCCUCUGCAUGGUGGUACCCAUACACUCUCAGCGCGUCCACACAUCUCCACAGAGCUGAAGCAGCUGAAAAGGUGUGUGGGAGGGACUCUUCUCCAACCUCAGGCACAGACAGAGACUCGCCGGAGCUUGUGCUCAAAUCAGACCCAGACACUAAGGACGAUGACGACAGGAGCGGAGAUGAGAUUGUGCUGGAGGAGAGCGACACAGAGGAGGCCAAGAAAGAUGGCGGGGUGGAAGACUGGAAGAAGAGCGAUGACACAGCAGAUAAGAAACCUUGUCGGAAGAAGAAAACACGCACCGUGUUCUCUCGGAGUCAGGUAUUCCAGCUGGAGUCGACAUUCGACAUGAAGCGUUAUCUAAGUAGCUCGGAGCGCGCAGGACUGGCCGCUUCACUCCACCUCACAGAGACCCAGGUUAAAAUUUGGUUUCAGAACCGUCGAAACAAAUGGAAGCGGCAGCUGGCCGCUGAACUGGAGGCUGCAAAUCUGAGCCAUGCGGCAGCGCAAAGGAUAGUUCGCGUACCCAUUCUAUAUCACGAGAACUCGGCCUCGGAAAGCGGCAGCACGCAAGGCAAUGUGCCUGUCAGCCAGCCGCUGCUCACCUUCCCUCAUCCGGUGUACUAUUCGCAUCCAAUCGUCACUUCUGUACCCCUCCUAAGACCAGUUUGA